AUGUACUCAGAGCUUAAUUCAAGCAGCUGCGAUAGCCCGAUAGCCAGAUAAUUCAUUCAUAUUCAUAGUCAUCAAAACUUUUAAAUUUAAUCAGCCUUAUACGAGGAUUCUUAAGAUCAGGACGACUUGCACUUCAAAGUUUAAGGAAAGCAAUAAUGGGGCUUUGAAGAAUUCAAAUUUUAUGUUGACCAAAUAAAGAUAUUUAAAAAUAUAACAUCAUUAUCUCUAGAAAUAAUGAAAUCAUCUAAUUUAAAGGAGGAACAUUUAAAAUAUUUAGGAUAGGUACUAACCUAGAUAGUUUUCUUAUAGAAACUUUUAAUAACCAUACAUCAAGACAACUGGAGCAGCAUUAAGAAUGCAAAAUAGAUGUUGAGUUGUUUAGAAUGGUUGCCUAAAUUAAAAUCAUUCAGCCUUACCUUACAAUAAAAUGAAGCAGGAUUUUAAGUAAUUUAGGAAAUAACUGAAUGCAUAUCAAGAAUACCAAAUUUAAAUGAUUUGAGCUUAGUCAUCCAUUCUAACAAUAUUGAAAAAAGUGGCGCUCAAGCUAUUGGAAUCACUCUAUAUAAAAAAUUGAACUUAGAGAAACUCCACCUUGUCAUAGGCAGCAAAAACAACAUAGGAUAUGGGCUUGACAAAAACAUUAGCUUGGAUAAUAUUUGUGACAAUAUUUCAGAAGUUUUUUCUCAAUAUCUUAAAAAGACCAGAGUAAACCUAAGACUAUAAAAAGAUCAUAGCGAUCCAUCAAAAACACACGGAAUUCAUUCUAUAGCAAGAUCCUUUCAAAACCUACAAAAUCUAAAAACUCUGAAAUUAACAAUAGAUCACGAUAACAACUUAAAUGUAAUUGGAUGUACACGUCUAUCUGAAGGAUUAUCCUGUUUGAUUAAUUUAAAAGAAUUAUAAUUGACAAUUGGAAAGAAUGACAUUUAGUCUUAAGGUUUUCAAGACGUUUGUAAUAGCAUAGCUAAGUUAGUUAAUUUAACAAAUCUGGAUUUAAAAAUAUGCUAUGCUAAUUAAAUAUAAUCAAGUGGAGCUGUAAGCCUUGGCAACACUUUAAAAAAACUGAAUAAUUUAACUCAUUUCAGCUUAAACAUAGAUUCAAGAAAUAAUAUUGGUGAGCAUGGUGCUGUGGGAUUAGGAGAUGGAAUUAAAUCUUUAGCAAAUUUAGUUAAUUUAAAAUUGUUAAUAAGUUGGUAAAACAAUAUAUUAGCUAAAGGAUCAAUUGCAAUUGCUAACAGUUUAAUUUUCUUAUAAAAAUUGUAAGCUUUGGAUCUUUAAUUCGAUACCACAAAUGACAUUACUGAGGUAGGUUCAGACGCGCUAAGUGUUUCUCUUAACUCUUUCAAAUAAUUAAAGUAUAUCAACGUCAAAUACGAGUAGCCAAAGGUACAUAAGAAAGUUGUUUUAAGAAAAAAUAUAAGACUCAUUAACUUCAAAGUCUCUUAAUGA